UUGCAAAUCGCGUCGAAAGUCAGCUUUGCGGCCCAUGCUCUGAUCGUAAUCUCAGCCAAAAGGCUGGCACACGUAACCAAAGAAGCCGGAAUCCUUGACGAUGCUGCCAAACACCAUGCGCUUGCGGUUCAAGGCUUAAGGAAAGAACUUGCGACGUUCUCGCGAGAGAAUGCAGAUGCCGUAUUAUGUGGAUCUAUAUUGCUCCUCUUCCAGCAAGACACGUGGUAA